UACGGAGAAUGUAUGAAACGACCGAAAGGCAAAAAGGAAAAAGGACUAUUGACUCGCUCUAUAUAUACUGCAAGUAUCCGAGGGUAUACCCAGUGCACGAUACGCGUUUCAUCCGUCAGCUUCAAGGUCCUUCGUCUUCGAGGAUAUCGUCGCGCUACUGGCGAUCCGUAGACCAGGGACACAAAAAAAUAUCUACACAAACUUUUCCUUCUCCAGUCAGACUUCAGAGAAAAAUCGCGAUGAAAGGAAUUACGCACGUCGCCCAAUUGUCACGUCAUCAUCAUCAUCUCCUUCUUUUGGUACUUCUUCUUACGGGAUGUGCCAACGCGGAGAUCGAGAGACGCACCACGAGACAAAUGAUAGAAGAAGCGCCGGAAAAUCUGGAAUCUAAUCUGAACAAAGAUUGCGGGAAGUCAUAUAGUGCCACGUGCCUCAAGUUGGACGUGGUGUCCUUCCUGGAUAAAUUAUCAGAGCAGGAGAACAUUGGUAUCCUACCAGGUGUGUCUGUGAUCAAGGAGAAUGGUUCCACGGACGUCCCGUCAUCGGAGGUGGUUGCUAAUUUGGCGAGGGAUUUCCCGAACGACGUUGAGAAAAGGCUGGACGCCUAUUUGAUUCACAAGAUUGGCAGUUAUAUCAACAGUCACUCGAUCUCCGUUAAACUUUUUGAUCCGAAGACUUUUGAAGCUGCCAGGAGCUUUAGCGAAGAAAUGCUUGCACAGCUCGGCUGGGGUGGCAAUCAAAAUGUUGAAACAGGACGUAAAAAGGACAAGGGCGGUAACGGAGGCCUAAUGGCCGGUUUGCUGAUGAUGAAGGGAACCAUCGGCGCGAUGGCGUUGGGAGGACUAGCACUAAUAGCCGGAAAAGCUCUGAUGACCGGUCUCAUGGCACUCAUGUUAUCGGCUAUCAUCGGAUUGAAAUCCCUAGCGCACAGCGAUAAGAAGACCACGUACGAAAUCGUUAGUAAACCAGUAUAUUCCAGCUCGCAUACGCACAGCUCGGAGGAACAUCACGGACACGGAUAUGGACACUCUGGAUAUGGAAGGUCCCUCGAUUCCGUUCACGAUUCUCUUCAGCAGGCCGUACUGAAGUACGGCAAUGCGCGCGACCGCAGAUCGCUUCUGCAGAAUUAAACUCAACUCUAUUCAACUUCGACGAGGUGUUUGUUGACACGAAACGCCGGUACACGAUAAAAUGCCUUUAGCACAUCUCUACCUCACUGACUUUCCUUGUUGUUUCUUUUCUUUCAUCCUCAAGCACUAUCGACUCCUCCCUCAUCGGUCUCUCUCUCUCUCUCUCUACUUCCUCUCUUCAUCUCGCUCUGUCUCACUUCAUCUCAUCUGUUUUUCCUCCUUGUCAUCGUGACUUUCUACCUUCCAAGAUCUCGUUCAUCUUUAUUUCAUUGGGCCACAGAUUAUCAUCCUUGUUAUUAUUAUAGUCACAUAGGUAUUUAUUGCGGCCGCUGUUGCAUUUCCGAUUGAUACCCGACAUCGAGAAAGCGUAUCAUCGCCGAGCACACAGAGUUGCCCAAGAUCAUGUACAUGAUUUUUGGAUAUUUAUUUCGUUACUGUAAAGUUGUAAUAAUAAAGAACGUUUGUAAAAACA